AUGGCAACACCAACGAGAGAUUAUCGAUAUUCGGUGGAAUUCAAUAUUCAUGCUGUGGAUGCGCCCGGUACUCGUUUAAUUAAGCAAGGUGAUAUCUAUGUGAAUAUAUGCCUAUUGGGUAUGCAUAAGCAAAGCCGGUUAAUGCCAUCGUUUUUGCCAAUGCAUAUCGAUCAAAAACUCUAUUUUGAUAAAGUUUUUAAAUUUUGUUAUGAACCGGACGAUGUUAUUCAACGAUUAGAACGUGAACAUGUUCUAAUCGAACUGAUUCAAAAGGACUUUCCCACGCCGAUUCUUUUGGCUAGCUAUGAAGCAAGUGCUAAAGAUUUUCUCUAUCCGUACUCAUGGGAUCGUCUUGAAUACACUGGAUUGCGCCGUUAUGUGCUUCUUAAUCGUACGGUGGAAUUUCCAGGUAUUUCACCAAGUUUUGAAUUUAGUACUAGUCCAUCGGUUGAUGAUGUUACUGGUGUGCCAUUACCAUCAACAACAUAUCGUCGACAAACCAAAACCAUUAGACGAGCAAAAUCGCCAACAUUGCGACCAUCGUCUUCCUUUUCGAAUCAUUCGGCAAAUAUGUCUCGUUCGAUUACAUCCCAUACAAUAUCAUCGGCGGUGAAGAAUGAUUAUGGAUUACCCGAAACGAAGGAGAAGUUACGUGAAUUAGCUGUUCAUCGCGAGAUCAACCCUAUUGUUCCUCAAGAUAAAACAAAAGGUCGACCACCUUUUGUUGUUCGUCAUGUUAAGAAUGAUUUAAUUGGUCGUAAACCCGAUUCCCAUACCGUCCUCACCGAUAGUUUAGUUAUUAAUGAUUAUACUGCUGCUCGACCUGAUACGUCAAUGUCAUUGUCAUUGUAUGAAAGCGGGCUGAAUCGUUCUCAAUCAUUAUCGCCUGUUCUUGGUCGAAGUAUCACUUCGAUGAGGGGACGAUCGCGCUCACCAUCGCCAUCUCGUCGUUCUCCAUCUCCAUCACGUCGCUCACCGUCACCCCGUCGAUAUCGUGUCGAUGACUAUGAUGAUUACGUCGAAGAUGUUGAUACUUAUUCACGUAGUCCAUCGCGUUCCGCAAUGAGUCCAACACUGCACCGUGAUUCAUUCCGUUACCGUUAUCGAUACUCACCAGCUACUGAUCUUAGUGGUAAAGUUAUUCAUACUCUUCGUCGCAACCUCGAUCACUAUAGUUCUGAACCAUGGCAUCGUUACUAUGCAUCCUAUGGUUAUACCGAUUGA